AUUAAAUUCUCGUGUGAAAAUAAUUGUUCUAACCAAAAAUUCAUUUUUUUCCUGCUCGCAAAAUGUUGCCCACCAAAUCGAAACGCAACGUAAAGCCAACAAGGGGCAAAGCGGCGCUUGCUGAGCCACCCAUUGUCCCCCCACGUCGUGUCAUCAUACCCCGUCCCGAUGUGCUGCACAACUAUUUGGAUCACAAGCAAAUCUGCCAGUAUAUGGAUUACCUGUGCAAUCGCUAUCCGCACUUUGUGCGCAGCUACACGCUGGGCCUGACGCACGAGCGGCGCGAGGUGCGCGCGCUGGAGAUCAACUGGAUGAACUCUGCGAAUUUCGAGCUCUCACAGCAGCUUCGACAGCACUCUCCACCACAGGUGGACCUACCUGCGAACAGCAAGACGCCCUGCCCCGUGGUGAUCAAGGGUGAACAAUGCCGCAACACAAUCUUCAUUGAGGCGGGCACGCAUGCGCGUGAGUGGAUUGGCGUGACGACGGCCCUCAAUUGCAUCUAUCAGCUGACGGAGCGGCAUACGCGGAAUAUCGAAGUGCUGCGCAAGCUGCGCUUCAUCAUUGUGCCGCUGGUUAAUCCCGAUGGCUAUGAGUACUCCAGGAACAAGAAUCCCAAUUGGCGCAAGAAUCGACGCCCGCACAAGUCCACCAAGUUCGUGGGCACCGACUGCAAUCGGAAUUACGACAUCUUCUGGAACAGCGGCACCGGGAAGAUGAAUCGCAACACGUACAAGGGCGAGCGACCCUUCUCCGAGCCGGAGACACGCGCCUUGCGCAGCAUGCUGGACCGCUUGAGUCCCAAUCUUUUGUUCUUUUUGUCGCUGCACUCGUACGGCCAGAGCAUUAUGUAUCCUUGGGGCUACAGCCGAGAUCCGCCGCUCUUUUGGCGCGAACUCAGCACGCUGGCCAACUCCGGCAAAUGUGCCAUCAAAUCCUACAACGGACGGGAGUAUCGCACGGGCAGCAUCAGUUGCCUCACCAAGCGCACAAUUGCCGGCUCCGUGGUGGAUUAUGUCUACGGUGUGCUACGCGUGCCCAUGGCUCUGGUCAUGGAGCUGCCAUCGCGCGAUCUGGGCUUCCAACCGCCCGUCGAAAUGAUCAGCCAAAUAGGCCACGAGAGCUGGUACGGCAUACGGGAGAUGUGCAAGCGCGCCUACGAUUUGCGGCAUCAAAUACAGCGAGAGACGGAGCCAGCGCUGCCAGCGGCAGCUACUUACCAGGCAGGAGCAGGCGACGGUGCGGGCAACGAAGUUUCCAUGGAGAGCAAGCCAGCAGCAGCCUCAGCAGUCGCUGCGAACACCGAAGAGCCGCAGCAGCCGACGCCCAAGAAACCGAAGAAGCGUGUGAAGCGUUCGGUGCGUGCACAGCACGAGUCCAUCCUGAAGCUGCAAAAGAGCAGCAAAGCCACAGCUGGCCUGCAUCCACGACAAAUGCCGAAAGUUGCCUCUGCGCCGCCCGUGCGUGCACGUGGCGCUCAUGGCGAUGGACCCAAGCUGCCGUUGGGCGUCUUUCUAUAGACAUUUGUUGUUGGU